AGAAGCCGGAGCUCUUUCUUUCUUGAUUCCCCGUUUUCCGUAAGAAAAUUUGGCAGCCAAACCUGUCGGUCGAGGUUGAGUAGAGUAUCAGCCCAGCAACUAAAGUUGGCUACCGUUGACUAAAACAAUAGCCUCAUUUGCUGACCUUAAUCCUCUUUGUUUUACUUUCAUAUAUGUCCCUUUCCGCAUUCAUAUUAAUUCUCUGUGUGCGUCAGAAAUUGAUGAAUUCUGCCUAGAAAAUAAAUAAAAAAGAAGAAAGACAAUAAAAGGGUCUUGAUCAGUUCAGCCUAAACCGCCUUCUUUUGAUUUCCCUCAAAUGUCAUAUCCGAUGGCGAAAGACCCACCACCGUCGGACAUCCAGAUAAGGGUAAACUCCCGGCGUAACAACAGCGUGAUACACCCGGUAGAUCAGUCAGACUCGGCUCCGGCGUCAGCCACACCAAGCCCAUUCCGGGAAAUCAAGCAUUUCAAGAAAUGGGUCACCUGGCUUAUCCCUUUGUUUGUUAUCGCCAAUACAAUCGUGUUCAUCAUCACCAUGUACGUCAACAACUGCCCCAAGAACUCCGUCAAUUGCAUUGCUACGUUCUUGGGUCGUUUCUCUUUCCAGCCCUUCAAGGAGAACCCUCUUCUUGGGCCUUCCUCGUCGACGCUAGUGAAGAUGGGAGCUCUAGAUGUGAAUAAAGUAGUAAGAGGAGACCAGGGGUGGCGCCUCAUCACCUGCAAUUGGUUGCAUGCAGGGGUUUUUCAUAUACUGGCAAACAUGUUGAGUCUUUUAGUAAUUGGAAUUCGGCUUGAGCGUGAAUUUGGGUUUGUACGGAUUGGGUUGCUAUAUGUCAUCUCUGGAUUGGGGGGGAGUAUUAUGUCUGGUCUUUUCAUCCAGUCAAGCAUCUCUGUUGGUGCUUCUGGUGCACUUUUUGGCUUGCUAGGAGGAAUGCUUUCUGAACUCAUCACUAAUUGGACAUUGUAUGCUAGCAAGUUUGCAGCAUUAUUAACCCUCUUGGUCAUCAUUGUGAUCAACUUGGCAGUGGGAAUCCUCCCACAUGUGGACAACUUUGCUCAUAUUGGAGGAUUUGUUUCGGGUUUUCUUCUUGGGUUUGUGUUUCUGAUACGCCCCCAAUUUGGAUGGGUUAGACAAAGAUAUGCACCUUCUGUUUCAGCUAGACCGAAAUUCAAGAUGUAUCAGUGCAUAUUGUGGGUCGUUUCUCUGAUCCUUUUGAUUAUUGGUUUUACAGCUGGCCUGGUUAUGCUCCUCCGGGGAUUUAAUGCAAAUGAUCAUUGUUCUUGGUGUCAUUAUUUGAGUUGUGUCCCCACUUCAAAAUGGAGCUGCAACACAGAUCCUGCAUCCUGCUUGGCAAACCAGAUAGGCAACCAGUUAAACAUAACGUGCACAAGUAAUGGAAAAUCAGGUAUAUAUGUAUUGCCGGAUGCAAGCAAUUCCCAGAUCCAAGGGUUAUGUGUUGGUCUUUGCAGUUGAUUUAUGCAAAAGACAUCCGUGGAAGUUGACGCGAGCUGCUUAGAUGUAUAAACUUGUCAUUACAGACUUUUUGAAUUGCUAUUCUAUUGAUACCUCAGCUGUUACAUGUGCUUAUCUCCUUGUAUUAUAUUUAUUCUGGACAUUGGCUUUUCCAAUGGAUUUAAUAGUUGAAUUAUUGUUUUAUU